AUGGAGUCCAAAACCAUAACAACUCCCAGCUCCGAGCCUCGCACCCCCCAACCCACCCACAAUGACCACACCAAAGCCAUCCUCCAACGCCAAACCGACGGCCUACCAGCGUCCUCCCAAGCAAAACAGACAGUCUUCGCCUACGCCACACCCUUCGACAUCCUCCUGAUCACCCUGAGCACCCUCUCCGCCAUCCUCGCCGGCGCCCUAAACCCCCUCCUAACGGUGAUCUACGGCCUCCUGGUGCACUCCUUCCAAGACCACGCCAACGGCACCAGCACCACCAGCCACCUCUCGUCCUCCAUCUCCCGCUUCUCCCUCUACUACGUGUACCUUGGCAUCGCCGAGUUCAUCCUCAUCUACAUCGCCACCGUGGGGUUCUACCACUCCGGCGAACGAAUCACCCGGGCCCUACGUCGGGCAUACCUCCAAGCCAUCGUGCGGCAGAACAUCUCGUUCUUCGAUACCCUGAGUGCCGGCGAGGUGACCGCGCGGAUCACCUCCGACAUGAACGUCAUCCAGGAGGGGAUUACCAGCAAGUUGAUUGAGUACUGGAGAUUAGCCCUGAUUUUGAUCUCGACUGCCGUGUUGCUGGGCGGGAUUGAGUUUGUUGGCUCGUUGUAUGCGGUCAGAUAUAGUCGGCGGAUGGGGGCGGCGCUGGGUCGCGGGUCCGCGGUCGCGGAGGAGGCGCUCGGGUCGAUUAGACAUGUUGCCGCGUUUGGGAUCCAGCGGGGUAUGGAGGAGAGGUAUGUGAGGCAUCUGGAUACGGCGGAAACUUGGGGCUUCAAGAUGCGGCUGGCUAUUUCGUUGAUGAUCGGCGCGAUUAAUGCGGUGCCGUAUCUCAGUUAUGGGUUGGCGUUCUGGCAGGGCUCGAGAUAUAUUGUCGACGGGGCGAUGAGCGCGUCUGCCGUGGUGACCACGACCAUGGCGACGAUUAUCGGUGCGUUUGCUGUUGGGAGAAUUGCUCCCAGUGCGGAGUCCUUUAUCAGCAGCAUUGGUCAUGCGGGGACGAUUUUGGACGCGAUUGCGAGGCAGUCGCCUCUUGAUCCGCUUUCGACGGAGGGGAGGGUGCUGGAGGAGGUGGAGGGGGAUAUUGCGCUGGAGAAUGUCAGUCUGGUGUAUCCCUCCAGGCAGGAUGUUGAUGUGCUCAAGGCCAUUACGCUGCGGCUGCCGGCCAACAAGACGACUGCUCUGGUUGGGGCGUCGGGAUGCGGCAAGAGUAGUAUUGUUGGCUUGGUGGAGCGGUUCUAUGAGCCGACUGGGGGCAGGAUUACAUUGGACGGUCAUGAUGUCGCCGACUUGAACCUCAGCUGGCUGAGACGGCAGAUGUCCUAUGUCGUUCAGGAGCCGGUGCUCUUCAACAGGAGCAUUUACGAGAAUGUUCUGCUUGGCUUGGACGAGACCAUGGUCAGUCUAUCGGGGGCAGAAAAAGAUAAACUGGUCCACGACGCAGCCAAAACAGCCAACGCCCACGAGUUCAUCACGGGCCUGCCGCAGGGCUACCAGACCCAGGUCGGUGCCAAAGGACUUCAGUUGUCCGGUGGCCAAAGACAGCGAAUCUGCAUUGCCAGGGCAGUCAUCAGCAACCCGAAGAUUCUCCUGCUGGACGAAGCCACAUCAGCUCUGGAUGUUAAGUCUGAGAGAGUCGUCCAGCUGGCGUUGGAGUCGGCUGCGAAGAACCGGACCACCGUUGUGAUUGCUCACCGUCUGUCGACUGUUCGCAAAGCGGAUAACAUUAUCGUGUUGGCCGAUGGCUGUGUGCUUGAGGAAGGGGGGCAUCAGGAGCUGAUUGCACAAGGUGGUGCCUACUCCCGACUUGUGGAGGCCCAGCAGGUCGCGGCAGAAGCAGAGACGGACAUCUCCAACCCCAAACAGGAUGACUUGGUCACAGUGAAGGUGAAGUCUAACCUUGUUAAAGUCAGCGAAAGCCCCGAGGUGAAUGACACAUCUGAUGACCCCCCUGAGAAAGUUGAAGCUGUGAUCGCCGCAGAAGCCAGACCUACCUUCCGAACAUACUUCCAGGUCGUGGGAAAGCUCAACCAGAAGGAGGUACCCAUCAUCAUCGCAGGUCUUCUCCUCUGCAUCAUCGCAGGAUGCAUCAUCCCAGUCCAAGCCGUCUUCUUCGCCGAAUCCAUCACCACCAUCUCCCUCCCAGCCUCGGAAUACCCCAAACUCCGCCACAACAUCGACUUCUGGUGCCUCAUGUUCCUGAUGAUCGCCAUCGUAACAUUCAUCGCAUGGGUCGGCCAAGGUAUCUGCUUCUCGUACUCCACCGAGCGCCUCACCCACAAAGCCCGACACCAAUCCUUCCGCUCCAUCCUACGCCUGGACGUCAGCUACUUCGACCAGAAGAACCACUCCUCCGGCGCAUUCACAGCCUCCCUGGCCAACACAGCACGGGAACUCACCGGCCUCAGCGGCGCCAUCAUCGGCGCAGCCCUAACCUUCACGACGACCCUUGCGGCGGGGAUCAUCAUGUCGCUCGCCAUCGGCUGGAAGCUCGCCCUAGUCUGCACCGCCACGAUCCCCAUCCUCGUGGGAACUGGCUACAUCCGUCUGCGAAUCCUCGCUCUCUUCGACGGGAAAGUCCGCAAGACCCACGAAGAAGCAGCCACGUACGCCAGCGAAGUGGUCAGCAGUAUCCGGGCGGUUGCGUCGUUGACGCUCGAAAAGCAUGUUCUCAGUGAGUACACCAACAUUCUCGCCAAGGAGGUUGCGAAGUCCCUGCGGUCGAUCUUGAAAGCCUCGACGCUGUACGCUGCAUCCCAGUCCUUCGGGUUCUUCUGCGCGGCCCUCGUGUUCUGGUACGGCGGUACCCUGCUAGACAGCAACGAGUACACCACCCUGCAGUUUUAUAUCUGCUUCGUUGCGCUCGUUUCGGGGUCCCAGAUUGCCGGGGCGAUAUUUAAUUAUGCACCCGAUAUGAGCAAGGCGCUUCAUGCCGGUCGGGACUUGAAGGCUCUGUUUGAGCUGACGCCUACUAUUGAUACCUGGCGUGAGGGUACGGGGCAGGUGGAUGCGCAGGCUGUCGGGCGUAUUGAUAUCUCCGACGUCAGUUUCCGGUACCCCACUCGUUCGGAACGGCUGGUCUUAGAGAAGGUGGAUAUUCAGAUCCAGCCCGGUCAGUUCGUCGCCUUGGUCGGGGCCAGUGGUAGCGGGAAGAGUACUGUCAUUCAGCUGCUUGAGCGGUUUUAUGAUCCGACUAAUGGCCGGAUACUUGUUGAUGGGCGGGAUAUCUCGGAGCUGAAUGUCAAUGAGUAUCGCAGGAUGGUGUCGUUGGUUAGCCAGGAACCAACCCUGUAUGAUGGAUCGAUCAGGGACAAUCUCCUCUUGGGUGUUGAGAGACUGGUUGAUGAUGUGCAGCUCGUGCAGGCCUGCAGGGAGGCGAAUAUUUAUGAUUUUGUUUCGUCUCUUCCAGACGGAUUCAACACCCCCAUCGGCACAUCCGGAACCAUGCUCAGCGGCGGCCAAAAGCAGCGACUGGCCAUCGCGCGGGCACUCCUUCGAAAGACCCAGAUCCUGUUGCUAGAUGAGGCUACCUCGGCGCUAGACUCGGAGUCGGAGAAGGUCGUUCAGGAAGCUCUGGAUCGGGCAUCCAGUCAACGCACGACUAUUGCUGUUGCGCAUCGCUUGAGCACAAUCCAACACGCGGACCUUGAUCUGUGUCAUUGA